AUGAAACAGGCGGUCUCUUCACAGCUUUUGUUAGUUAACACGAAGAACAAUGAUGCAUAAAAACUGGAUUUUAUCGAUCUUCGUGUUGCUCAUCUGCGUUUUAUUCCGCUCAACAUUCUGCAUUCCAUGGCCACCAAAAGAAGAUCAUUUUGUUCAGAGAGUUGAUCAUUUCAGUUUCCAAGCAUCAAAUAUGACUUUCAAGCAACGGUAUCUCUAUGAAGAUAAGUGGUUCAAACCCAACGGACCAAUUUUCUUUUACUGUGGUAAUGAAGGAGACAUUGAAACGUUCUGGAACAAUACGGGAUUAAUGUUUGAGUUGGCUCCCAGUUUCAAUGCUUUUAUUCUGUUUGCUGAACACAGAUACUACGGUGAAAGCCUUCCCUUUGAAAAAAGCUUUCAGCAGCCUUACAUUCAAUUCCUUUCAACUAAGCAAGCAUUAGCAGACUAUGCCUAUUUAAUUGAGGGAGUCAAAAAUAAAUUCAACAUUACUAGGUCUCCAGUCAUUGCGUUUGGUGGAAGUUAUGGAGGCAUGUUAGCAGCAUAUAUGCGAGCAAGUUAUCCACACAUAAUUAAAGGUGCUUUAGCUGCGAGUGCACCAGUCAGAUGGGUUGCAGGUGAAGGAAACUUCCAUGAGUUCUUUGAGGCUGUCACUAAGAACUAUCAUGAUGUUAAUCCAAAAUGUUCUCAAAAGAUCAAAGAUGCUUUCAACACAGCUGUUCAAAUGUCCCAAAAGCCAGAUACUGGCUACAAACAACUUUCUGAACAACUACGUUUGUGCCAACCUAUCAGUAAUGAGUUUGAAUUCUACUGGGUACUGAAAUGGGCUCGCAAUGCAUUUGUUAUGAUGGCAAUGGAAGAUUAUCCUUAUCAGACAGCAUUUAUAGGAAGUUUACCUGCAUAUCCUGUUAAUGUCUCUUGCAAAAACGCUUUGGCAACAUCAGAUCUCAUUCCAUCUCUUCGUGAAGCUGUUGGCGUUUACUAUAACAAUUCUAUGUAUGUUGGGGUGAAGUGGUGGAGUUGUGAAAGACUGAAUUUCCAACCUGGAACUUUUGACAGAAGUGCAGCAGUUCAAGUUGCCACACUCCAUAGAGCACACACAAAUGCAAAGAAAGGAUAAUUAACGCAAAUCUAUGGCACAAGAAAUAAUCACUUGCAGAAUAGUGAAAACUUUAUAAAUCCAUCAGAUCACAAAGCGUGAAUGCAUCCUCUCCACUGAGAAAGAUUUUGAGCCAUGUCACCAACAGUCUACAUCCAUUGAUUCAUA